AUGAAGAAAACUGAACCUCAGAAUCUCUGUUUCACACAAACGACAACAUCAAAAAGGAAUUGUUAAAAUCAAGACGAUAGUGAAGCAUGCAUAUUUCAAGAGAGAAUGUUUAAAAGGAAGAUUCGCGACACCAUUCUCAAACAAGCCGUUUCACAUCAAACUUGAACUUUGAAAUAGAUUGACUGUUGUACAACAGGGGGCGCUAUCUUGCGAUUGUUGUCGUUCCAUUUUCAGUCUAGUUCCUGCAAUCAGUUGACCUUUAGCUGUAUGAUAAACAUUGUAUUUGAGGUACCUGACCUUCCACCUCAAAUUUACAUGCGUAAAAUUUACUAAAAUUAAAGCCAUACUCUGUUAUGCCUCUACACUGUGCUGCUUUUUGGUGACUUUUAUGGGGGUAUUUUCAAUAAAAGUAUGAGGCACUGACGUUCAUUGCCGUUUCAAAUGCACUGAUGAAAGACUGCCUACAGAGAUACUGUGGAGUAAAGACGUGGGCAUGCAAAGCGCAUACCUUUAGGCCCCUGUUUCCACUGCAUGCAUGACUACAUGUUCUGGUAAAGAGAACACCCCCAGUGGGGUCAAGGAAGGGAGUGUCGGGUCUGGAGGAGAGGGGCGGAGCCAUGGAGGAGGGGGUAAGACCCAGCUGCUUAAGCUGAGGUUCCUCUGCCCAGAUGAUGUCACUGAGGUCAAGAGAUUGUGUGGCGAAUGGUUCCCUGUGGAGUACCCAGACUCUUGGUAUCGUGACAUCACCAGUGAUCAAAAGUUUUACUCGCUUGCGGCAGAGUCGUCGGGCAAGAUCGUGGGUCUGAUUGUUGCUGAGGUCAAGACAAGGUCUCGAUGUCACAGGGAGGACUUCAACAUCUUGUCAUCCACAUUCCCAAACUCAACCCAAGUGGCCUACAUUCUCAGUCUGGGGGUCGUGAAGGAAUACAGGAGAAGAGGCAUUGCUACUGCUCUCCUGGACCGUCUCCUCUCCUAUCUCACCACCAGCGAGCGCUCCAACUGCAAGGCCGUCUACCUCCAUGUCUUGGCCACCAAUACCACUGCCAUUAAAUUCUACGAGAAGCAUAACUUUAGGAAGCAUGAGUACCUGCCGUAUUACUACGCCAUCCGUGGCCAGCCCAAAGAUGGCCUGUCAUACGUGUUAUACAUCAACGGUGGCCAGGCACCAUGGACGCUGAUGGACUAUAUGAAGCAGUUUGGCUUGUAUCUAUCCAAGAUUCAGCCCUGUAAGCUACCCAGCGCCAUGGCCAGCCACACCAGGAACUGGUUUGCUGGCCGUCGCAACUGGCUGCCCAGUGUCAACAUGAACAUUGUCUCCCGCAUUCGCGGCCAGAUGUCCAAUGACCCUGAAUCAGGCUCAGGGACGGACAGCGCAGAAGAAUCAGGAGAAGAGACAGUGGGGACCCCGCAGCCGUCGCAGCAAGUGCCCGCCGCCCCAUCGGAUGAGGCAGCCGCAGCCAGUGCUAUGAACGUGGAGACGGCAUCCAUGGCUGAGUCCAUCACUGACCUGGGCUGUGUGGGGCGCGGCCGCGGCUGGCUACCAGGCAUGCCAAGACUCCCCGGCGUGCCCAAGUUGCCCAACGUGCCCAAGAUGCCCAACGUCAACAUGCCUAACUUGUUCUCCAGGUUCCGAGGCCAGUGUGCGGAAGGGACGUCAGAUGACCAUGAGAAGGACGAACGGCCACACAAGCGGGAUCAUGUCUUAUAAAGCUACGACAACUCAUCUCAGUGCUCAAAAUUAUGCAAUAUGGGGUACUAUUUAAAAAGGAUAAGAAUUUCCUGAGUUCAUGUAGGAUCACACAGGUACGUACUUCCACAAGGAGCUACAUUUAAUGUGUGACAAAACUUUUUUUAUCACAGUAAUGAUUCUCAUGCAUCAAGAUCUCGUGUUUGUCUAAAGAUCUAUGUACCACUCUCUCUUUAGUGGUUUUGUGUUGUGCACCACAUGUGAAUCGUGGGGAGAAUGGUCUGGUACCUGAGCUUCUCAGGCAACCAAGACUGCAAACGGUGUGGAACUUUGGGUUUAUGGCAGUUCCAAGUUCAGUCAGGUCCCAAUGUGUCAUCAGCUGUGAGCAGUCAUUCUUUAGAGAGUACAUGUGUGGAACCCAGACUUAAUUUCAACUCAUUUGAUGCAUUUGCUGGCUGUCAGUCUCAAAUUUCAUGAUUCUAGCAAUCAGAUUCAUGGCCAGUUUGUACAUACCGGCAGUGCAUGUUGAAGGCGUAAUCAUGAUUGUGUGAGGAUGUGAAUAUGGUAACAGAAGAUAACAGAAUUUGAUAUUCUCUCAGCAUUAGAGCAGUACAUACAGUGUGCAAACACCAGUGGAUCAACCUAUUUGUAAAAAAAAAAAGACAAAACUUAAGUGGGAUUCAAAGUUGACAGUGCAGUAAAGAUACCGGUAGUUGAUACCGUCAUUUAAGAGAAAACUUUUUUUGGGGAGGGCUGGAGAAAGAUGUGUGCUAACAGGAGGUUAUACAGUGGAUGGUUAACCCUAACCCUCCUCAAUCCUUCACCUGUUGGAGGACUGAGGAGUGUUAGGGUUAAUUAAUGAGAUAUUCCGUGCACAUUGAAUAUGCGACACGAUCCUACAAAAUGUCCCCAGGCCAUUUUUUGGUUUAGUCAUUUAUUAUAGUGUCGAUCAUAAAGUGCUAACUGAGCUUUUUUUUUCUCUGAUGUUUCACUCAGCCUGACCACAUGUGGGUGAAAUAUGGGAAGGGUUUCUAUUGACUCUCAUCGGGUAAAAUUCUUCUCAAUACCUUUAAACCCAGAAGUGACUCUGGAUUAGCUAAGCUGGGUGACAUAAGGCAUUGGAUUCCUUGUAAGUAUUUAAUUAGAUUGUAAAUAAAGUUAUUUUUUAAUUGCAUCAAAGUAUAUAAGUACAUACAUCAUUUGGUAUGGACAAAAACGUGUGACAGAAGUCGGAAUUGAAUUUACGUGUAUUCUUUUUUUCAUCAAUUGGGCAACUGUCCUUGAAAUGUUGAAUUUAAGAAGUUGCUGGUGGGGGAUUUGAGCUUGUAACUUUCUUUUUUUCAGUCAUUCUUAGUCUAAAUAUACUUAGAAGUCUGAUGGAAAGUUCAUACAAAGUUUGGGUAGCAAUUGUCUACAGAUUUUUCAAAUUCCAUUUUGUUUGCAUUUCAAAUUGAAUUUUUUUGGCUUCCAUCAUUUCAAGGUUGUAAACAUGUAGUAAUGGUACAUUUGAUUAAACUCUUGCUUAGGAUUUCUUGUCUAAGAGCCAAUUUAGUGUGGACAGUAAAUUAAAAUUGAAAUUUUAUAUGGUAGUGGACAUGUAGUUGAGUGAUUACCUAUGUUCAGAGACACUGUGGUAUUGUUUAAUGGCAAAAUAUUCCAAUGCUUCUAUGCAUUUCAAGCUACACUGUACAUUCAUAUUUACCUACAGUUUUGUUGAUGACAAUUUCAAACCAGUUCUCUGUUGUAAGUAUUUCUGGUCAUGAUACUGAGAAUUCGUCAAAAGCAGCCCAGGCACUGUAGCUCAUAAGCCUGAAGAAACCUGUAGAGAGGAGACAGUGAGAAGCAGUUACACUUUAAGAGGU